AAUUUGAACGAACGUUCGACGCUCCGAUUGCAACUUUUUGACACCCAGCAUCAAAUGACUUUCAACGGAUUGUCGUUGGCGAAGAUCCGUUUUAUACAGGAGAGAUCAUAUUCUCUGGAUCGAGUUACGUUUUAGAAAUUUCGGGGCUUCAGUUUAUCCAAGGUUAAUAACGGACCGUGGCAACCUGUUCCGUGUUCUACGUUUGUUGUUGGUUCCGUUGUAAUCCUGCACCGAAACUAUGAGUCGCAGGAGAGCACAUGACGAUGACGAUGGAUACGACCGCGUCUAUAAGAAGCGGAGGAGGGUAUCAGAGAAUCAGGAAAUUGAAGAUCGCCUGGAAUCGCUUAUAUUGCGAGUGGGUGAAAAGUCAACUUCGUCAUUAGAAAGUAAUUUGGAAGGGUUAGCGUCUGUGCUAGAAGCGGAUCUCGGUGUGUUUCGUACUAAGAUUCUCCGAAUAUUGACUGAUUGCGCUAUAAAAAUGCCAGAGAAAUGUACGAUCUACACAACGCUGGUGGGGCUGCUGAAUGCAAAGAAUUUCAACUUUGGUGGUGAAUUUGUUGACUAUAUGGUGAAAAAUUUUAAAGAUUCUUUAAAAAGUUGCAAAUGGAACGCUGCUAGAUAUUCGCUCCGGUUUCUUGCUGACUUAGUCAACUGUCACGUCUUAUCUUGCGGGUCGCUUAUGCAGCUCUUCGAUAAUAUGUUAGACACGGCAAAUGAGGACAGCGUACCUCAAGUUAGACGAGACUGGUACGUUUUUGCUGUUCUCUCAACCCUGCCGUGGGUUGGUCGAGAGUUAUAUGAAAAGAAAGAGCAAGAACUGGAUCACCUUAUGGUGACCAUUGAAGUAUUUUUGAACAAACGAAGUAAGAAACAUCAACCUGCUCUAAAAGUAUGGUCCAGUGACACACCUCACCCUCAGGAAGAAUAUUUGGACUGUCUCUGGGCUCAAGUACGAAAAUUGAGGCAGGAUAAUUGGGCGGAAAAACACAUUCCUCGACCAUAUCUUGCUUUCGACUCUAUUUUAUGUGAAGCUCUACAACACAAUCUUCCAACGCUUCUGCCUCCACCACACCAUGAAUCUUACACGUACCCGAUACCAACUGUUGUAUUUCGCAUGUUUGACUAUACUGACUGUCCAGCGGAAGGGCCACUGCUGCCUGGCAGUCAUGCUAUAGAGAGAUUUCUUAUCGAAGAACAUCUUCGGCAAAUUAUUGAUAAUCACUUCUUUGAAAGAAAAGAUUGCGCGGCGCAAUUAUUGAACUUUCCAUACAAAGCAAAAAUUCCACUUGAUUAUUGUAUUGUGGAAGUAAUGUUUGGAGAACUCUUCAGAUUACCAUCUCCAAAACAUUUGGAAAUCUGCUAUGGAUCGAUUUUGAUUGAACUUUGUAAGUUGCAACCAUCGACUAUGCCACAGGUUUUAGCACAGGCUACCGAAAUUUUAUUCCGUCGCAUCGACAGCAUGGCUGCGGCAGCAUUCGAUAGAUUUGUUUGGUGGUUUGCCUAUCAUCUGAGCAACUUCCAAUUUCGUUGGUCAUGGGAAGAUUGGGACUCAUGCCUCCAGCGUGACCCUGAACAUCCUCGGCCUAAAUUCAUAAAAGAAGUGCUGCUGAAAGCAUUGAGACUAUCCUACUUUCAAAGAAUUCGCGAUAUGAUGCCAGAAACUUACGCCGAACUGAUCCCUUUGCCUCCAGAACCAAUUUACAAGUACACUUCCGAAGGCGCAAGCACACUUCCUGGAACUUCUGCAGCCCAUGAACUAGUUGUUUCAAUACGCCGCAAAUGCACCCCGGAAGAAGUAUUGACCGUUUUGAAUACCUUACCAGGUCAAGGAGACAAUGAGGAAUCAAACACAUUCAAUCCGUUGAAAAUUGACGUAUUUGUACAGACGUUGCUUAACCUGGGGUCAAAGAGCUUCAGCCACAGUUUCGCCGCUAUUGGAAAGUUUCAUUAUGUAUUCAAGGCUCUGGCCGAAUCAGAGGAGGCACAAAUAUGCAUUCUAAGAAAUAUGCAUGCCCUAUGGAAAAAUCAUUAUCAAAUGAUGGUUGUACUCUCAGACAAAUUCUUAAAGACUGGAAUAAUUGAAUGCAGUGCUAUAGCCAAUUGGAUAUUUUCUCGGGAAAUGACAUCUGAAUUUACUAAACUCUACAUCUGGGAAAUUCUUCAUUUGACGAUCCGUAAAAAGAAUAAACAUGUCAUUAAACUGAACACAGAAGUGACGGAGGCCAGAGAAAAGUUACGAAGGGCGGAAAGUAGAUCUGGAUCGUCUUCGGAAGAUGAGGACAAUACUAAAGAUAAGUCGGGAGAAAGACCAUCUGAAGACGUUGUAGAGCGAAUGGAAGAAAAAUUGGAAGCUGCUCAAGCAGAUCAAAAGAAUUUAUUCCUCAUCAUUUUUCAGCGUUUUAUUAUGAUUCUUUCCGAACAUCUUGUUAGAUGUGAUACAGAUGGCAUCGAUUACAAUACUCACUGGUACAGAUGGACUAUUGGAAGGUUGCAGCAGGUAUUUUUGGCUCAUCACGAACAAGUACAAAAAUACUCGUCAACACUGGAAACACUUUUGUUCACGCCAGAUCUGGAUCCACACAUUCUUGACGUAUUUCACCAGUUUGUUUCGUUACGUGCAUAAGAUGUUCAAAUCACUGAACGUUUCGUCUUCAAGGGAUUGGUAUGAAGUAUGAUAUAUACAUAUAUUAUACAUAACAGUUAUAUUAUUUUAUUGAUAACUCUUAGGACAAUUUCAGUCGUGAAUAUUAGGUAAAUAGAGUUUCCGAGUAUAUUUAAAUGACAUUUGAUUAUCCGUAUUUAUGUUAAUGUACAUCAAGUCUAAAUUGUUGUUGGAAUUUUUUCAAUCGGUAGCAGAAUAUUCAGUUCUACCUAUAGUGUUGUAUGCUAAUGAAAGUCAGCAGUUUGCCGGCAAUGUACAUGGGUGUAUAUACAGAAACCUAUACACCUGAAUAAUAUUGAAUCAAAAUUAUCUAUUACCGACUCAUGCAAGCAAAUGUAGAGGAAGAGAAAGACUUUAUUUUAAUCCAAUUAAAAAUUGAAUGCUUGAACAGUUUACCUGUUUCAAAUUGCAUCACCUGGGCGAUAAUAUGACAGAAUUUCACUGCAGAUAUGAAUGGACCGUAUGUAACGAUAUUAUCAUAGGGAUUCACAAGUGUCAUAAUGUUACAGUUUGGAGAUAUACUCACGAGUAUGUAUGUAUAUCAAUCUACUGAGUUUUCUGACGUGUCAUGUGAGUUAAAAUUUCUUCAACGUCAUC